CCACGCCUCCAGCCUCUUCUUCCAGCUUCCUGGUCUCCCGACGCCGACAUCAGCUACCUGAACAAAUUCGGCAUCGACAGACAACCGAACCGAAUUUCCGGUCCUGCGAAUGGGUGGUGGGAGCUGCGAUGUGUGCAAGGAGGCGCCGUCCAAGUACAAAUGCCCCACCUGCCGCACGCCCUAUUGCUCUGUGAUAUGCUUUAAAAAACACAAAGUUGAAUUCUGCCAAAAGAUAGUGCCCCAGGAAGAAACUAACAAGCCGUCGCUGCAGGAGGAAGUUACGACGAGCUCUGUGUUGCUGGAAAAAGGAACAGAUUAUUCUAAUAUCAAGGAUCAGCUUCCCUCUUUAAGUAAAAACCCUGAUGAGGACCAGCUUCCCUCUUUAGCAGCGGACACAACGUGCCCUGCACAAUCUCCAAACACAGUGUGCCCUACAAAAGCUCUUGAAGUUGAGGAUCCAAGCUGGCUUGUUGACCGGAAUAGAUUAAGGUCCUUAGUUGAAUUAAAUGAAGUCAGAGAUGCUCUCAGGGACUCUGAACUGCAGAAAAUGAUACUUCAAAUUGAUGGCUCUUCAGAACCAGAAAAGGAAUUGGAGAAAUUGAUGGAAGAACAAGCUUUUCAACAGUUCGCCAAUAAGAUUCUUGACAUUAUCAGUGCACAACAAUGAGCAAGUAUCCAUCUGCUGAAGCUCUCCCACCGGAGAGAAUGGAGACAUCUGGGCAAAAUGAGACCAGAGCAGCUAUUUGUAGAAGUUAAAUCAUCCUAUAAGAUAUUUCUCACAGCGGUGUUGGGGUGCGUUUCGUAAAAUAUUCUUUGCUGCAUUAUAUGGUUGGAAAAAAACUUGAAAUCUGACACAUGUAGGAAUUUCGUCAAGCAAAAACAUCUUAGAAUGUUGAGUGUGAAUGCAUAAUAACUACUCCCUCCACAAAGAGAUAAGAGUUUUUAUAAAACACUAAAAUAGUGAUC